GUUCGUCCCUCUGAAGGGAAACCAAUUGCCUUGUAGGGCUGAAAGCUUGGCAUGGAUCCUCCGUUGUCAAGGUUUGUGUUAAUUCCACGGAUACAAACAAACAAUACACUCCCAACUGUAAGAUCGACGGCAAAUCCCCAUUAAUCGUGGGGCAGCAAGGACGAACCCUUGUCCCCAUUUCACCUUUUCCUUUCCCAUUCCAUUUUCCUUCUCUUUUCUUUUUUUCUCUUCCUUUCUUGCAUGAACCGUCGAAUGAUCCGCGGAGAUGCGGGCUACUCUUUAUCCCUUCACCAUCACUUCAUGAAUACCCUCUGAUGAAUUUAUUAUUGCUUCUACUCGCACAACAUCCCUCUGUCGACAUGGGUCUGCUUACGGGAAGCCGCGAACUCGAUAGGGCCGAAGCCAACAAUUUUGGCGUGGACUGGGUCAUUCACUACCAGUUUGAGGACACCGAACUUGGCAAUGCCAUCGAAGAGUUCCGCACCCUCAUCCACGAUCUGCAAGAAGCCAAACUGCAAGUUCAAGUCCGACGCGGCUAUGGCCCUUCCUUAUUGCUGUGCAUCCGCGUGCCCCGGAACCACCUGGGGAAUAUGGUGUAUAAAUCUCGGGUAAAAGACUGGCUCUAUGGAAUCAUCCAUGAAGUCCCCAUCGGCGAUGAGCACACCGCGAUUGACUCCGAAACCGCCGCUGAAGAACUCCGAUCCGUAUACCAUGCGGUUACCUGGUCGAAGGCGCUGGGAGGUGCGGGCAUCACCGCUCAAUUGGGCAAAUGGAAGAAUGUGGCUAGCACCUUUCCAUUACACGAUCCGUCUGCCAAUGCCGACCUCUUGCGUAAGUGGAGUCGGACCCUGCUACUAAACGCAGAGGAUCUAGAUGCGAUCCGGGCGUUAUACGGCGAAAAGGUCGCCUACUAUUUCGCCUUCAUCCAAUGCUACUCGACCUUUUUGGUCUUCCCUGCCGUCUGGGGCGUCUUUUCCUGGCUCUAUCUAGGGCCGUACUCAAUUGCUUCGGCAUUUGUCAACUGCCUCUGGAGCAUCGUCUUUGUCGAAUAUUGGAAAAUCCGGGAAACUGAUCUGAGCUUACGAUGGAACGUUAAGGGCGUAGGAGUGCUCAAGGUCAAUCGCCCGAAGUACGUAUGGGACAAGGAAGUUCGCGACUCCGUGACGGGUGAAAUUGUCCGCGUCUUCCCAGCGCACAAACAAUUCAUGCGCCAAAUGCUCCUCCUGCCCUUUGCCACGAUCGCCAGUAUCGCAUUAGGAUCAUUGAUCGUCGUCACGUUUGUCAUGGAGAUCUUUAUUUCGGAAGUGUACACGGGCCCCUUCAAAGACUACUUGGAGUUCCUCCCGACGGUCCUCUUCUCCCUGUCAUUGCCAUGGAUCAACAAUAAAUUGACAGACAUGGCCACCCAGCUGACCGAGUACGAAAAUUACCGCACGCAGGACCAGUAUGACAUCGCACAAACCACCAAAACGUUCGUCAUGAACUUCAUUACCUCCUUCCUCCCCACGAUCCUCACGGCCUUUGUGUAUGUCCCAUUCGGCGCCCGACUGCUGCCAUAUCUCGAUAUGUUUCGCGUGGGUAGUCUUGCCAAGUCUAUUGACACCCGCCGAGUCCACAUUGACCCCUCACGAUUGCAACAAGAAGUCAUCUAUCUGUCCGUGACAGGACAGAUCCUGAACUUUGGCGAGGAGGUUGUGCUCCCUUAUGUCAAACGAGUGUUGGUGCAAAAGUGGCGUGACUAUCGGAAAUCGCACCCAACGGGGGGUCGCCGUUACUCGUACCGAACUGAUCAGCUACUGAACGACGCCCCAGACGAGGCAUCCUUUCUGGGGAGAAUCCGAAAUGAAGCCGAGGCGGAUGAAUACAACGUGCACGAUGAUACGCUUGAGAUGUGUGUCCAGUACGGCUAUCUCGCGCUCUUCGGGACGUCGUGGCCGCUCGUCCCGCUCGGCUUUCUCGCCAACAACUGGCUGGAACUGCGAGGCGAUUUCUUCAAGCUGAGCCUCGAGUGCCAGCGCCCCCCGCCGAUCCGUGCCGACUCGAUCGGGCCCUCACUGCAGGGACUGGAAGUUCUCACCUGGCUCGGAACCUUGUCCACCGCUGCCAUCGUAUAUCUAUACCGCGGCGGCAUGGCUGAUGUGUGUCUCUCCUCGCUUCUGUUGACUCUCCUGGCGGCCGAGUGGGCGUAUCUCGGACUACAAUUCGUCGUGCGCACAGCGCUGGAGAAAAUUGCCACGGGGUCACUUCGCCGGGAGGCCGCCAAACGAUAUGCGAUGCGCAAAAGCUACUUGGACGACAUCUCACGGAGUACCUCGCCAAAGGGCCGACAACGCGUGCGCUUCCAAGACAGGGUGAAUGUUUAUAGCACGGCAACGGAUGUCCCCACCAAGGCGCAGGAGUCCUUGCACCCCGGUCACCAUGAGUCAACGAGCGAGGAGCGAUUCUGGGCAUGUCCCCCUCAAGAUACAGCCGACGCCGGCGUUCGGCUGAUCAAAGCCCUGAAAGCGGGAGAUUCAGUGCAGCCCGAGAAGAUGAAAAAGGGCGUAUAGACUGGGCCAAUCGAGCAUGUUUGCGUCAGGGUAGAACUGUUUCACAUUUUUCGUUUUCAUUACCAUUUCUAGUUUCCUCUUUCAACGCGGUUGACCUGUGUGACUUUUUGCCGUCAACCUUCCACCGGUAUCGAUUACUUGCCUGCUGUGCAGAAUUCUGUCUCGACGUUUUCCCGUUGGGUCUUUUGAACUCUAGUUCCUAUGGAUUUGACAUCCUGUCCUUUCACAUCGGUGCAUUUGAUGAGUGCUACUAGUUCCCGGGAUGCAUAUUUACUCAGGGUUGUGUACAUACGUACUUUCUAUUUCUUUUUGUUUUGGUAUGGGGUGACAGGUUGGCAAAUUCUCUUUAUGAACGACGUAUAGCCUAGGUAUAUCAAUCUAAUAAUACACAUUGUAACAAU